AUUUGGGCAGAUAAACCCGCCGUGGGGAGGAAGUUCCCUCUAAAUCCAGCUCCUGACGAGGGGCGACACGAUAGAGAGUAUACUGGGAGAGUUGCAAGCCAUGGCGCAGAGCCUAAUCCCGAGGGCGCAAUCGGGAACAAGCCACUCGUUCUUCCUCUUAUCUUCCAAAUCUAAAUUUUCAUCGCCAAGAUUCCAAUUCCCCUUCAUGCUACCACGUCUUCGUCUUCUUCCUCUGUGUCGCUGUUUCUGCAGGUAUUCUUCUUUGCAAGAGCCAAUCGACCUGUGCAAGUACAGGGAAGCUUUCUCCAAGCGCAUGGAUAUGGCUGGACUCAAACCGCACCACCGUAUAGCUCUGGGAGUAAGUGGAGGGCCCGAUAGCAUGGCUCUUUGUGUUCUUAUGGCGGGUUGGAAAAUGGAUAGCCUGAAUGCCACUGGUAAGAGUAGCACGUUUAUCGAUGGGCUCCUGGCAAUAGUCGUGGAUCACGGGCUUCGUGCUGAGAGCAGAGACGAGGCAAAUGUUGUGCGGAAUCGAGUUACUCAAAUGGGCAUCAGAUGCGAGAUUGCGUCUUGUGAUUGGUUAGAUGGUAAACCAAAGCAGGGCCAUUUGCAAGAAGCAGCUCGUGAUAUGAGAUAUCAAAUGUUGCAGAAAGUUUGUGUCCAACACAAAAUUGGAGUGAUACUUGUUGCACAUCAUGCUGAUGACCAGGCUGAGUUAUUCAUUCUGAGGUUAUCUCGCAGUAGUGGCGUGCUUGGACUUGCUGGCAUGCCUUUCACUUCUCAGAUUUUCUCCCCGCAUCGAUAUUCCUACAGUGAAGUUUCAAAGAAUUAUGGCAUUCUUCUCGUGAGACCACUAAUGGAUUUCUCUAAAGAUGACUUGUACAAGAUAUGUCAAGGUGCUAAUCAAGAUUGGGUUGAAGAUCCAACAAAUCGAAGUUCCUUGUUUGCUCGAAAUAGAAUUCGGAUGUCAUUAGGAGAUAUGUCAUCAUGUACUCUCAAGUCUGAGCUACAUGCCAUUAUUUCCGCCUGUAGGAAAACACGCUUAUUUGUUGAUCACGCUUGUUUAAGCCUGGCAAAUUUGACUUUGACGAUAACAGAGCUGGGAUAUGCCAUUAUUAAUUUGGAGAUUCUCAAUCAAUUGAAAAUUCAAGAUAUUUGCUUGUCGAAGUUCUUGUCCUUAGUUUUACAGUUCAUCUCUCAAAGGCACAGACCUGUUAGAGGUAGCACUGCAAAGCUGGUUUUAGACUACAUUCAAACAGUUCCUUGCAGGACCUCACUGACAGCAGCUGGGUGCUACAUUUGUCCAGCUCCUGGAUCCAAGGGCACCAGGUGCAUAGUUUCUUGUUCCGUGGAUUGCCCCUUGCCUUCCGCAGUAGAAGUUUUCCAUGUCCCUUCGUAUAAAGAAGAGAGGCACGAUAUUUCUGGUGGAUUAGAACAAAUCAUUAAUGAUGGGAAAUCGUAUUUAGAACACUUCAUUCCUAAAGCUUCAGAUGUGCAUUUCUUGGAUACAACACCUGAAUCUGUUCUAGAUGAAGCAAAAAGGUUAAACAUCCUAAGUGAAUCAACCUAUAGGAUCAUUGUAUCACUGCAGAUACAAGAAACCAAACUCUUCAAAUCAGAACCAAAAAUCACUUCUGGUUAUGAAUCGAAGCAUGGUUCACACUCUGUAAGUACUUUAUCCAGUGGACUGCUUAAGUCGGGGCAGAUAUGUAACUAUAUGAACAGGUUCUUUAUCACAUGGAAAGUAAAGGAUGCAAAUGAAGAUAAUUCUAUUUCUGAUGCGGCUAGUUGCAACACAAUUUACAAGUCCUGUGCGUUAGGCUGUGAUAUGGAAUUAGAGGUGCGGCACAUGACCGAAUCCGAUUGGCUUUAUCUAUCCAAGUUGUCUGAGUGCACGGUGAAGAAUUUUCAUGAUCAAAGAGACACUUCAGCCAGUUCGAAGGAGCAGACCAUGGAGAAUGCGAGUAGAUGUUUGAAGUAUGCCAGCUCGUCGGCUAGAAAAGCAUUAGUGCUGUUGAAAUUGAUUCCAGUUGCUGCAAGAAAAAGCCUUCCUGUACUGGUCAAUCAAAAAGGGCUGCUUCUAAGUAUUCCAAGUAUCAAGUUCAGCCAUUGUCCAUGGUUGAUGGCAUCUGCGGAGUUCAAACCACGGGUACCAUUCGGUGGAGGUCAUAGUUCAUUCAUGUAGUAGAUGCCAGUUUCUGCACACAAGCUCGACCAUUCCACGAACAAAUGGCCAAAGCUUGCAUAGCAUUCGCAUUGAAAAAGGGUAACUGUAACUCAUGCGAAUUUGUCACUAGCUGUUGAAAACUAAGGGCAUAUUUGAUAGUCUUCUUUUUUUUGAAAAAAAAAAAAAUGUCUUGAGUUCUAAAUUUUCAGUUUGUUUUUUAAAAUUGAAAAUCAGGGUAUGUAGUAAUAAUUAUGCUUGCUAAA